CCCACAGAGAGAGAGAGAAAGGAGCUGAAGACAGGGAGAGCCACACUUUCCUUCACUACAUUUAACUUCUCUGUUGUAGCUUUUGUUACUUUCUCCUGCUGCUUGUCCUCAUCUUUUUUGGGAGGUUUUGAAGCAAGGUUUCGGCACUAGGGUGCACUUGUAUAUCUGUCAGCCGGGCCAGUACAGCCGCAGUGAUGAACUGGUCAGGACUGGAGAGUCUGCUGAGUGGAGUUAACAAAUACUCCACUGCCUUUGGGAGGAUCUGGCUGUCCAUGGUGUUUGUGCUGCGCGUGCUGGUGUUCGUGGUCGCAGCUCAGAGGGUUUGGGGAGACGAGAGCAAAGACUUUGUGUGCAACACCCGGCAGCCUGGCUGCACCAACAUCUGCUAUGACCACAUCUUCCCCAUCUCGCACAUCCGUCUGUGGGCGCUGCAGCUGAUCUUUGUCACCUGCCCGUCCCUGAUGGUGACAGCUCAUGUCAAAUUCCGUGAGGUAAAGGACAGGAAAUAUGUGGAGCUUCACCAGGGCUCUCAUCUGUAUGCCAACCCAGGCAAGAAGAGAGGCGGGCUGUGGUGGACAUAUCUGCUGAGUUUGGUCUUCAAAGCCACAUUCGACACAGCAUUCCUCUAUAUUUUGUACAGAAUAUACCACGGAUAUGACCUGCCCAGACUCUCCAAGUGUUCACUGGAACCAUGUCCCAACACCGUCGACUGCUUCAUUAGUCGUCCCACAGAGAAAAAGAUCUUCAUGCUGUUCAUGGUGAUAUCCAGCGCUCUGUGCAUCUUCAUGUGCAUCUGUGAGAUGGUUUAUCUCGUCGGCAAACGCUUCAGCAAAUUGUUCAGAGUCCGACACGAGAACCAGAGACUCAUAUUUGCCGAUCAACACGAGCUCACUGAACUAGCUCCACCGAGGUCCCAGUAUCGGAGGACUGAUCCAACGCUAGCAGAGAGUCAGCUGAGUUUGAACAGGAAGGAGAAGGUGCGAGAAGGCACUACGACGACAACACUGUAGGACACGAUGACCUCUAAUCUGUGGAUUUCCUUCUGAUGGGUGACCACACAACAGGAAAACUAUCAAACCAACGGAUUAAAUGGCCGAUCCUGAACAUUGUGAUUCUGGAAUCAUCAGAAAAGGAAAGACACAUGACCCUCUCUCUGAGAAGGAUCGCUGACACUGGGUGCAUGUUGCAGUACAUGGAGAAGAUGACUACUUUUGUGAUACUGGAAUAUCACAGUGUCCUCAUUUCGCUGGCUGACAACAUGCAGAAAGACAUUCCGGGAGGUUUACAGCGCCAGUGGAGUCAUUGUUAGAUUCAUUGUUGAUCUGUGAUCAACAGCAAUGUGUAUAAAAUUGUACAUUCCAGCACUUGGUGACAUCAGCAUUGUGGUUAGCUUUGUUGAGAGCCUGACCGAGGAAACGGCCCCAUUUACACCUGGAAUUAAAAUGCAUUUUCUGUGAUUGGAAUCAGAUAGCACCUGACCACUUGUAAGUACGGGUGUAAAUACACCCAAGACUUCAGGAGGUGGUUGGAGACACAUGCACAUCGGUUUUCUUCCCCUACUUCGAAAAGCAAAGAGGAGACUGUACAAUAGUGCCACUUCACGUGUGGCUAACAUUGUUGUUGUUGAUAUGGCAGCGCAUAGGGUGUGACGCUGUAGUUUGUUGUUGGAUCUUUGAGGGGGAACGACAAUGAUGACCUUGAGAUGGACAGAUGUUAAUACCAGGUGUAAAUGCAUGUGAAGGUGAAGUGCUAUCCCAUCACAGAGAAAAACAUUCUAAUGCCAGGUGUAAAGGGAGCCAUUGAGCAGUUAAAUAGAUGUUCUAUGUCGGGGGAAACUAGGAAUAUCAUGAGCAGAGGAGAUAACCUCUGUUUACUUCCAAGAUCCAAAUCUAAACGCUAAUUUAGGAAGUUAGGGAGGCUAACAGGAAGUAAUUAGCUCAAAGACAACAUUGCUGGCAGAAGCUGUGGGUUACUGCUGAUUAUUUAAUGUGUCCAUUUAAUGGCUGUUGGUUUAAAUAUAAAUAUUUGCAUUUUUACUAUUUAAUAUCAGGGGACAUGGUGGACUGUAGGACCAUAGGACUUUAUAUAAAAAUGAAUGUAAUCUUCCGGGUUGCAAAACAAACUCGACUAUCGAAGCUUUGAGAUUGCAUGAUUUGACAGGCGCCAUGACAGGAGGUUCACAGAUGUCACUGGCAACUAAGCUGUUGGAGGAGACCAGCUGUCAAUCACACUGUUGUUGUGUCCACUCAUAUGUGACGUGUCUGAUCAUCUAUUUUCCUCUAUAAGGGAACAGAAUUUACAAAAUUGUUCAUCAUAUGCUCACGAAGGCGACGUGAAACAAGCGAUUGAAAUCUCAGGAAAAUGUUCACUAAUGUUGUUAAUCAAGAGAAAAGUAGGUUCAUUUUCCCAAUCCAUUCAAAGACAGCUUAAGACAGGUCUUAAGCUAAGCUAAAAGGAUCAUGUUUAAGGAGCUCUGUGUGUUUUUACUGCUAAAUCCAAUGUUAGCAUCACUUGCUCAGUCUUGCUCAGAGUUUCAGGCAUUACUGUUUACAAGACCGGGGGUUAUGAUAUGUGUAGAAAAAUCUCUUUAAACCGGAACACUAGGAGACAGAUCACCUGUUGAACUCAAAGCAUGUUGUUUCCACACAGAGCCGGCCCAAGGCAUUAGCAAACUAUAGUGGUAAGGGGGAAAAUUCUAUCCUAUUCUGUUCUAAAUCUUUUGUUUUUAUAUGAUAUUUAGAUAUCUAAAGAAUGUUGAGAUUAAGUGAUUUGGUUAAUUUUGUAGUUGACGAUUGCUCACUAAGUUUUAAAAAUCAAAUAAGAUUUCAUUAAACUGGUUUACUUGUUUAAUUCAAAUCCAGUGUCGCCACACUUAGUGCUUAAGUGCAUUUAAUACGAAUGUGAUAUUACUGCCCUCUAAAGUAAGAAAAAAACAAACAAAAAUACAAGAGUGACACUGGUUUGGAGUAAAUAACAUAUAACUAUAAUUAAUGCAAUUUAUAGUGUAACAAUUUAUAGUGUCAAGCACAGGCUAUUCUGAGGUGGUGGCAAAUUCAGCUUGGGGCUCCAUAAACUCUUGGGCCGGCCCUGUUUCCACCACUGGAAACAGCUCAGCAAAUAAAGAGUGUGUUAAAGAAGAGUGAACUGUCUCUUAAAUCCCCUGUCAUUGAAAAUAUAAUAUCAUCCACAUUGAGCUACUUCUCUUCCAACUAAACUGGAAUGUCCUUAUAGUUUCUUUUAUAGACACUCUUGUUUUUUUCUUUUACUAUAACAAUGACAGAAUCGAUUGCUUUUAAAAUAAAAAUGCUGAUCAAG